GAUAUGUGAAGGAGGGACUUCUUUCGCAACCGGAAGUACCGUGAACAACUCAGUCAGUACGGAUGCACUCAUGAAUGAAGCAGGCCGAGAAGUUUCGGGUCAGAAACAUUUGGGAUUUGACCGGAUCCUGGACGGUGAUCGUUUAAUCUCUGUCUGAAGGCUUCAUCGAUUCAUGCCCGGCGCUGGAGCUCGUUUGGAGAAGUCUCCCAGCGGCUGUUUUAGGGAGUUUUGAGGCGGUUCUGGAAAAUGCCUGCGUUUCUAUGGAGUUUGUGUUGGUGUGUUCUUCCGUCUGUGCUGGCGGACGCUGACGACGCUUCGCUGCUCGGAGGAUGGCAGGACGUGUGGCUCUUCCGCUUGUUCCUCAAUGUUUUGGGCUACGCCACCAUCAUCAUCCCUGGAUAUUUUCUCAUCAGCUACUUCAAGCGAAAUAACUAUCUAGAAACAGGUCGAGGGCUCUGCUUUCCUCUCAUAAAGACGUGUGUGUUUGGGAAUGAAGCUAAGAGUGCCCUGCUGGAUGAUGCUUCACCGGCGGCCAGAAACGAGUCUGAAUCCAGUUCAUCUGCUCGACAGGCCGUCAAACUCCUCUUCUGCGCUGCUGGACUCCAGGCGUCGUACCUGACGUGGGGUGUUCUUCAGGAGCGGGUGAUGACACGCUCGUACGGCGCCGGCGAGGCGGAGGGAAGCGGCGAGCGCUUCAGAGACUCUCAGUUUCUGGUGUUCAUGAACCGGAUCCUGGCGCUGACGGUGUCCGGUCUGUGGUGCGUCCUUCUCAAACAGCCCCGCCACGGUGCACCCAUGUACAAAUACUCCUUUGCUUCUCUCUCCAACAUCCUCAGCAGCUGGUGCCAGUAUGAAGCGCUCAAAUACAUCAGCUUUCCCACACAGGUUCUGGCCAAGGCCUCUAAGGUGAUCCCCGUGAUGCUGAUGGGUAAGAUCGUGUCACACAAGAGCUACGAGUACUGGGAGUACUUCACCGCCGUGCUGAUCUCGCUGGGCGUCAGCAUGUUCCUGCUCUCCAGCUCUUCGGACAAACACCCGUCCACCGUCACCACCUUCUCCGGCGUGGUCAUCCUCGGAGGAUACAUCGUCUUCGACAGCUUCACCUCCAACUGGCAGGACAACCUGUUUAAGUACAAGAUGUCGUCGGUGCAGAUGAUGUUCGGCGUCAAUCUGUUCUCGUGUCUGUUGACGGUGGGCUCUCUGCUGGAACAGGGCGCCUUCUUCGACUCGCUGGGCUUCAUGACGCGUCACUCUGAGUUUGCGAUGCACGCCGUGCUGCUGUCGGUGUGCUCCGCCUGCGGGCAGCUCUUCAUCUUCUACACCAUCUCUCAGUUCGGCGCGGCCGUCUUCACCAUCAUCAUGACCCUGCGGCAGGCCAUCGCCAUCCUCCUGUCCUGCUUCCUGUACGGUCACGCCGUCACCCUGGUGGGCGGCUUCGGUGUGGGUGUGGUGUUCCUCGCCCUCUUCCUGCGCAUCUACGCCCGCAGCCGCGUGAAGAAGAGCAGCAAGCGUCCCGUGCAGACACCCGUUCAGAAGGUUUAACCGAACGCUCGUUCGGAUGUGUACAGAAGCCACAUUUUCGUGGUACAUUCUUCUUUUUUUUUGUUUGGUGUUGAACUGUUGGUUUGUGUUUUGGUACAGAAAGGGAAGGGAUUUCGCCUGCGUGUGUGUGUGUGUGUGUGUGUGAAAUGACUUGACGAGCCAUCGAGUGAACACAGACUCUGAUAUCUGUGUACUUUGGUACUUAAUACGUUCAGUUUUUCUAUUUAAAGUUUGCUUUGAGAGGAAAAUGAUCUGUUGUUGAGGAGUGUUUGUUCACCCUUCGUUCAUGUCUGGGUCAUAUUUCACAAAAAAAGUCCAAAGGAAAAUAAGAAGUUAAUUAAUAAUUGUUUAAAAUAAAACACACACACAAUAAGAAAUAGAAAAGACCAUGUGGCCCUUUUUUUAGGAACCAUAAAAUUUUAUGGCACAAUGACAUUAUUUUUAUCAAAACUGGAUACGUUUUUCACUCACAUGUGUGUAACUUCAGUGCAAUGAUACAAUAUCAAAUUAGAAAGAAAAUAUUUAAUUAUGUAAUAAGAAAAAAAAAUAUUAAAAAAACCUUCAUGAAUAUUAAGCAUGUUUUCUGCCCAAAAUUAACUUUAUUACUAUAAAAUAAUAAAAUAUUAAAUAACAAUAAAAUGUUACAAGAAAUGAGACAUAAUUUAGGCUUUUUAGGAACCGUUACAUUACACCUUCUACAUAAUGACAAUGUUUAAAAGAAAUUUAAGCAAAUGUUUUGCACAAAUAAUAACAAUAAUACUAAUACUAAUAUUUUAAUAUUUUAUAUCAUUAUUUCCAUACAGUAAUAAAAUACUAAAUCAAUAAUGAAAUAUAAUAAGAAAUAAGACAAUUUAGCUUUUAAAACAUUUGAUUUCAUUAAAAUUACAUUUUAUGAUACAUAAUAGUACAAUAGUGAAAUAUUAAUAAAAAAACAUGAGAUGAUAAAAGCUUUUUUUUUUUUUUUAUUUAAUUUUUAUUUGCAUAAUGACAUUGUUUUCCUUAAAAUGAAGCCAAUUCUGAGUCUCUUAUUUUUAUUAUUAUUAUUAUUAUUUUCUUUUUUUAUUAUAUAUAUAAUAUAUAUUUUUACAAUACAAUAAUACAGCUUUAUUUGUUGUAGUACCAUAAAUAGAAAUACUAUAUUUUAUGUGAAUUAUGAGCUAGACGUGACAUGGUUUUGUGAGAUUCACGGGUCACAAAUGCAGUUUUCCAGGUGAACUAUUUUUCCUUUUAACCUUGGACUGAAACACGAGCUGUUUUGGACCAGUUUUGUGAGAUUCUCUCUGUAAUUUAUCUCUAAGUCUCAGAAGGAAGAGGGUGUCAGGUGUGUUUAUCACGCAUUUUCAUAACUCAUAACCAUAACUAUAGCAUUAUAAUCAGGCAUGUUAAAGGCCAAUUAACAAAGGUCCUUAUUUAGUCUCCUUCAUGUCAUUCCAAACCUGCAUUACUUUCUUAAAAAGAGAGCAGAAUAUUAAUACGGCUCUAUUCCAUAAUGCUGUUUUCUUUCUCAUUACAUGCUUUUAUUGUAUUGAAAUAAAGCAUGCAUAUUUUGAUCUAAUCCUGCCUUGUAUUUUCUUGAUUCAACAGAAGAAGUAUCUCAAGUUUGGAAUGACUCCAGUGUGAAUGAUGACGGGGAUAUUUUGGUGCACUGUCGCUUUAAGAGUCUAAGGUCAGAUGAGCGAGGCACUGAAAAAUGUCACAGGUUUUGUGAAGAGCCUGGGGGAAGUAUUUUUCAUAAAUGAUCUACCAUUAAAACACGUGUAGAAGUAAUAAGAGAAGCCAAUGAAUCCAUUUUACAGUGUGACUCAGUCCACAUGUGUCUAGUGUUCGUUAGAACAGGAUUUCUUUCGUUAUAUUGAAGAACCUGUUUGUUGCUGAUAAUCACUUUAAGUCUUUGUCAAGACUUUGAUUUGCUCGUGCAAUAGCGAUCUGAGAACUGAGUUUCUGUGGUGUUAAAAGUGUCAGGAUGGAUUCAGCACAAAUAAACCGUCUGAGCGUGAGACAGGACGCCUGAAUAUUAGUUUUACUGUUCGAGCUCUUUGAGGAAGACGUGCUUGUUUACCAGAAUAUUAAGGUGAAAUCUCUUUCGUCCUGCAUCUUAAUCCUUUUGCAUGCUGCAGAAUUAUUUUUAAACUCUAAUGAGGACUUAAAUGUAUUUCUUUCACUACUGGCUGUUAUUAUUAGCAAUACAAAUCUUCAAUUAUUAAGUUAUAUGAUUAUUUAAGCAUUACCAGGUGAAUCUCAUGAAGACUGUUACCAUUCAGUGGCAUUCAAAUUAUAUUUUGCAUAAAUAAAAUUAUGCUUAUUUUAGGA